UGUAGAAAUUCGAUCCCUUCCACCUCCUUCCCGCUCCCCACCCCCUCCCGCCCGCCUUCGGGCGGGAGGCGGGGCCGAGGACGCGGCUGCUGCUCAAAGUGGCGGAGCGCGGCGGCGGGAGGCAGGUGCACGGCACCCGCCAGUGGGGGUGCCUCAACUUCCGCGGGCGUUUAAAUAGCAGCCUCUCUCCCCUCCCACCGGUAAUAGGCUGCCUGCUAUUUCCCGGGGAGAUCAUGAAACGAGGUCGCCUUCCCAGCAGCAGUGAGGAUUCGGACGACAAUGGCAGCCUGUCAACUACCUGGUCCCAGAACUCCCGAUCCCAGCACAGGAGAAGCUCCUGCUCGAGAAAUGAAGAUCGCAAGCCGUCGGAGGUGUUUAGAACAGACCUCAUCACCGCCAUGAAGUUGCAUGACUCCUACCAGCUGAACCCAGAUGAGUACUAUGUGUUGGCAGAUCCCUGGAGGCAGGAGUGGGAGAAAGGGGUUCAAGUGCCUGUGAGCCCGGGAACCAUCCCUCAGCCUGUGGCCAGGGUGGUGUCUGAAGAGAAAUCCCUUAUGUUUAUCAGGCCCAAGAAGUACAUUGUCUCGUCGGGGCCUGAGCCGCCAGAAUUGGGCUAUGUUGAUAUCCGGACGCUGGCUGACAGUGUGUGUCGCUAUGACCUCAAUGAUAUGGACGCCGCCUGGCUGGAACUGACCAAUGAAGAAUUUAAGGAGAUGGGAAUGCCUGAACUAGAUGAGUACACCAUGGAGAGGGUCCUGGAGGAGUUUGAACAGCAGUGUUAUGACAAUAUGAAUCAUGCCAUAGAGACCGAGGAAGGCCUGGGGAUCGAGUACGACGAGGAUGUCGUCUGUGACGUCUGCCAGUCUCCUGAUGGUGAGGACGGCAACGAGAUGGUGUUCUGUGACAAGUGCAACAUCUGCGUGCACCAGGCCUGCUACGGGAUCCUCAAGGUGCCGGAGGGCAGCUGGCUGUGCCGGACGUGUGCCCUGGGGGUUCAGCCCAAGUGCUUACUGUGUCCUAAGAAGGGCGGGGCUAUGAAGCCCACCCGCAGUGGAACCAAGUGGGUCCACGUCAGCUGUGCCCUGUGGAUCCCUGAGGUGAGCAUUGGCAGCCCUGAGAAGAUGGAGCCCAUUACGAAGGUGUCUCACAUCCCCAGCAGUCGGUGGGCGCUGGUGUGCAGCCUCUGCAACGACAAGUUUGGGGCUUCCAUACAGUGCUCUGUGAAAAACUGCCGCACGGCCUUCCAUGUGACCUGUGCUUUUGAUCGGGGCCUGGAGAUGAAGACCAUCUUGGCUGAGAACGAUGAAGUCAAGUUCAAGUCCUACUGCCCGAAGCAUAGCUCCCACCGAAAAGGCGAGCAGAGCCUGGGGGAGGGGGCCCCACAGGAGAAUGGGGCCCCAGAGUGUUCCCCCCGUGAGGCUCUGGAACCCUUUGCCAGCCUGGAGCAGAACCGGGAGGAGGCCCACCGGGUGAGCGUCCGUAAGCAGAAGCUGCAGCAGCUGGAAGACGAGUUCUACACCUUCGUCAACCUGCUGGAUGUGGCCAGGGCCCUGCGGCUGCCCGAGGAAGUAGUGGAUUUCCUGUACCAGUACUGGAAGCUGAAGAGGAAAGUGAACUUCAACAAGCCCCUGAUCACCCCAAAGAAAGACGAAGAGGACAAUCUAGCCAAGCGGGAGCAGGAUGUCUUGUUUAGGAGGCUGCAGCUGUUCACGCACCUGCGGCAGGACCUGGAGAGGGUUCGGAACCUCACUUAUAUGGUGACCCGCAGGGAAAAGAUUAAACGAUCUGUGUGCAAAGUCCAGGAACAGAUUUUCAAUCUUUACACUAAGCUCUUGGAGCAAGAAAGAGUUUCAGGUGUGCCUUCUUCUUCCUGUUCCUCCUCCUCACUGGAAAGCAUGCUUUUGUUCAACAGUCCUUCUGUGGGGCCCGAUGCUCCUAAGAUUGAAGACUUGAAGUGGCAUUCUGCGUUCUUUAGGAAACAAAUGGGGACUUCCUUGGUUCACCCGCUGAAGAAGGCCCCGAAGCGGGAGGUGCUGCCGAACAGCCCGGGGAGUGAAGGCAAAGCUGCCGCGAAGCAGCCAGAGCCCUGUGGGAGGCGGGAGGGAGGUGGGGUCCCUGAGAGCUUUUUGAGUUUUGAAAAGAGCUUUGCAGAAGCGCGUCUCCUAUCAGCAGCACAACAGAAAAAUGGGGUCGUGACGCCAGACCAUGGGAAGAGGAGAGACAAUCGUUUCCAUUGUGAUCUCAUUAAAGGAGACUUAAAGGACAAAUCUUUUAAACAGAGUCACAAGCCUCUCAGGUCCACAGACGUGUCCCAGAGGCAUCUGGACAACACAAGAGCUGCCAUUUCCUCCGGUGCGGGUCAGUCUGCACCUGGUGCCAGGAAGGAGGUGGCGCCCAAGUGCAAUGGCUCCCUCCUCAAAGUACACUAUAAUCAGACUGCAGUCAAAGUGCCUACAACACCUGCCAGCCCGGUGAAGAACUGGGGAGGAUUCCGGAUUCCAAAGAAGGGGGAGCGGCAGCAGCAGGGAGAGGCCCGCGAUGGGGCCUGCCACCAGCACUCAGACUACCCCUAUCUGGGCCUCAGUCGAGUUCCAGCCAAGGAAAGGGCCAAAAGCAAAUUAAAAUCCGACAACGAGAAUGACGGGUAUGUCCCUGAUGUGGAGAUGAGUGACUCUGAGAGCGAGGCUUCAGAAAAGAAGUGUAUCCACUCCGGCAGCACCAUCGGCAGGAGGACAGACAUUAUCCGGAGAAGCAUCCUGGCCUCCUGAUGGGUGCUCAAGGGGGAUAAGGGAAAAGCUGGGAUUCCUGAGCUACACACACAUUCACUUGCAAUUCAGAUUGAAUCUUUUUUUUUUUUCCCAGAGUCAUUUCUAAAUCAUUGUUGUUGAGACGUUUGUGUUAUUUGCAACUUGUUGAGGAAACAGAAGAGGAGAUUGUAACCCUAAGACACUGCUGAGACUAGACCCUGGACUCAACACUACAGCAAGGAUGAAUUGAGUAAUGCUCAAGGGAGCAAGGCUUCAGGAAGCUUCCUGAAGUUUCUUUGCUCUCUGCUUUCUUCCCAAAGCACAAACUCUUGAUAACUGAGUCUGCGGAGUUGGAUGGUGACACUCCCGCGGACUGUCCGUAGCCUGGUAGGCUUCUUGCCUAGGACUGUGGUAGAUGGUGACAUCAUCUUGGCCCACAAGGCUGUUCUUGUUGCACGGUAGCAUGUAGGCAGCAGCUCCUACGCUUCACUCACCCUGCGCAAUUCGCACAUAAAACCAAGGAAGACAAAGUCCGAAAGGUGGUCAUGCUUGGAAUUGCUGAAGGAACAGGGUACAGCUGCUGUAGCUUGGGGGUGUAGGGUACACCCUGAGUGGGGUGUACAUGUGGGAGAGUGAAGCUGUGAGGAAAGUUCUAUCCCUGAGACAGGGCAGUUAAGGUCCAAUUUUGACUAGUUUUCUGAUGAUCUUCUUCCUCUCUAAUUCCUGGCUCGUGGGCCAGCUUGGUAGUUCCCUGGCCAUUGUUGGUCCCUGGCCAUCUAGCUGCCAACAGGACAAUGGCUAUUCCAGUUUAAGUGAUGAACAUCCAAACCCUGGUGACUCACUCCCCAGAGCCCGUCACUAGUGCGUAUGUCCGGCUAUCUGGGUUUCCAACCUGAAUAGGUUCCUUAGGAAAUAGGAAAACAAGAGAAGGAAAAAAUGAAAUAGGUUAUAUUUCAAAAAACAAUGGAAAGGCAAUAAGUUGUGAAAAGCUCUUACCAUUCACCAAGGUCACGGGAAUGAGAUUGAAGUGUACCCUUGAGUAGUUUUCUGGAGUCAGAAUUAUGCACUGUAACUCAUAACUUGGACUUUCUAAUUGCAAAUGGCAAUAAAGUUAUCAGCAAUAAUAAAUUUAGCAUUAAAUUUGAGUACAAUGUUGUUUUGCACUCACUGUAGUGCGUAUGUAUUAAGACAGUGGUUAGCGUUAAGGUCCUGUUAAUUUUGUUUUGGAAUUCAAUGUAGUUGUGAAUCAAACUUAAGGAAAGUUGAAAUAACAUUAUGGGCAUUUGGAAUUAGCCCGACUUCCCCUAAAUUGCCCCUUAGUUUGUUAAUAUCAACAUUCAGAUUCCUACAUCUGAAUAUCAUUUAUACAUCUCUUUCCAUGUGGCAGGGACAUUCUAGUACCCGAUGAGUUCAAUGCUUUGAGUUCUGUAGUUAACUUUCAAGUCUUCCAGAUGAUUGUUGACAACACAAUAGGCUUCUUGAAUUCCAUCUUGCUAUGCAAGUUUGACCAGAUGAUCAGACACUAGGUCUGAUGCAUCCUUGUUGUAUGUAUGACAUUCUCAAACCAAGUCUUAACUUUUGGAGUACAUUUUAGUAGCUAAUUCAGGGGAGGGGAAAAGAAUGACCCAGGUUUUUAGAUUGACUUUUUGAGCGAUGGGGCUCAGUUUAAACGACUGCUGUCCAGAUCCGUUUGUUGCUACAAAUAUAAGGAGAUUCUUAGGAAUCCAAGUUGUACAUUCACUUGUAGCAUAAUUUAAAAAAUGAGGUUUUGUUUUUUCUUUCUUGCAAAAGAGCAAAAACCUUUUGCUGGUUAAAGGAGAAGGUUGGACUCUACAGUUAUCUUGCGAUUGCAGCAACAGCUCUGGGUGAGAAUAGAAUUUAUAGAAAUGAUUUGUCAAGCCAUAGAAAGAAAGUCUAAAUUAAUCUAGUAAGUGUAUGGCCUCUCACCGUUUUCAGAGGUUCCAGAUUCAUUUGCACUAUUAGGAAUGCUAGUUUUGUGCAAAAGUAAUGCCUUACCUGUUCUUCCCCACAUUUAGGUUGAAAAGCUUUCAAGUGUUCCAGUAAUGCUGAACCAAAAACAAAA